ACACACACACACACACACACACGCGCAGUGAGAGACACCCAUUGUUUAAGAGAAGACAAAGGGGAAAUAUGUCAUGUUACAGGAUUUUUGUUUCGUAAAUGUUUUGCCUUAUUUUCCCCAACAAAUUGGUCACACAUUCAUAGAUUGUUACAAGAAUAUCAUCCAUAAAGCAUUUAGAAUUUUUCCCUUCUUUCCCUGCACUCAUAAAACCCAUCUCCUUCUCACUCACUUUUUUUCCUCCUCUAACGGUGAGAGGAUGAGGGAGAAAGAGGGAGGAGAGGAGUGAGUGUUUUUGUUCAGGAAAAGAAAUGGGUUCUCCUGCGGUUCUCAGGAUGUUGCCCUUAAAGCCUGGAAAAAAGUGGGCUUCCUGUCCAGGGUAACAAUCAGAGAAUAGACAAGGCCCUGAGGAUUAAGACGCUGUGUCCCUUCAGCAGCAGACACAGUCACUUUGUGUUGCACACUAAGCAGCUGGAGGAAAGAAGAGGUUUGUGGAACGAUUUCUACUGCAUGGAUUUUAGAGCUGUAUGGGUGAGGUUUUCCACCAGGAUUUGAGAUCACUGGAUCCUUAGCAGAAUGAAAUUUGUGUGACGGACACCUGCCUCUGGGAGCCAAUAGAAACAAUAUGGACAGAUCACGUGCAUAUGAAUUGAUAGAUUUCAUGAAUGAUUUGGAUUAGAAAACUUCCUCUGUCAAGUGCAUCUAUUUCCACCUUUUCUAUCGGAAGUAUUGCAUUUAUGAAUUAAUUGAAUGGAUAUAAAUCCAGAGACUGUCACACCACUGUCUCUCUCUGGGAAUAUAGAUUUGCACCAGAGGGUGAAAUAAGCACCUGUGUACUGUAGUACCUGGUUUCUUGUCAAAGGACUUUGAGGGUAUCCCCCCUCACCCAGAGACUGUCAGAGACCAUGUCCAACAGCAAUGACAGCUGCAACCUCCCCCUGAACACUGACACACUUGGUCUCACCUACAUCUACAGCCUGGCCUUCUCACUGGGUCUCCCUUGCAACCUGCUGUCCCUCUGGGGACUGUACCAACUGGGCCGGUCCGGCGGGGGUGGCUGUCAGCUGGUCUACAUCCUCAACCUGCUGCUCUCUGACCUCCUCCAGCUCCUCACCCUCCCUCUCUGGAUCCUCUAUCUCCAGGGGGCGCACCGCUGGCCCUACGGCCGCCCCGCCUGCGAGUUCGUGGGCUAUGUCUUCUACGUCAACGUCUACGCUAGCGUGGUGUUCCUCUGCAUCAUCGCACUGGACCGUUGCCUGGCGAUAGUACACCCGUUGAGUAGUCGUGGCGUUCGGACGGUGCGGGUGGCGGCGGUAUUGGGGGUGGCGGUCUGGACGCUGACCUUUCUAUUCUGUUUGGGCGGGCUUCUUCCGUCAGUGUUUGAUGCAGAGAGGCUGUUAUGUCUGGAGCAGUACCCCGUCAGCCUCAGAUAUGCUCACUUUAAGAUUGCUACGGUUGUCAUGGGGUUCCUGCUGCCCUGUGGUAUACUGGGCUACACUUCCGCCCGCAUAGGCGUGACUCUCCAACACUCGCCAUCCGUCUCCGACCAGGGCCGUCACAAAAUCACAGGCAUCCUCGUUGUCAUCACCGUCAUCUUCAUCGUCGUCUUCGGACCCUACCACCUCGUCGGGGGGUACCGUUUCGUCUCCUUGCUCCUCAUAGAUGACCCCUGUGAGUUGGAGCGGUCCAUCUUCCUGUGUUACCGGCUGUGCUACGGCCUGACGAGCCUCAACACCCUGCUGGACCCUCUGUUUUACAUAUUCCUGUGUCAUGACACCCGUCUGGAGCUCCGCAGGUCACUGACACCAUGUCUGGGACAGGGGCACACAGCCCCCAAACAGGUCAGACUCAGUCUCAGAGAGCAUCCUGAUCAGAGCGACAGUGUGUAGAGAGACUGGAUUGGACACAUUUUUGAGUUUCCUGUUCCUUUGACUCUGAGGAAAGAAUAAUCUGGAUAAACUGUAUUAUGUUACAUGUUUCUUGUUCUUUGAUGGUCCUGAAGUCGAGAGGAGAGGACACAUUUUGUGGUGACACCAGCCAUACACUACAAUGCAGUGUUUUCAUAGACUUGCUCAAGGAACUGAGUCCACUGGUUUGGCUGCUGAGAAAUGGUGAUGGAAAAAAGCUGCGAUUAUGCCACCUAGUGGGGAGAGCAUGUAUGCUGUUGGCUGACAUAGGAAAUGGUGUUCCAUCUACUUUACCUUUCUGCUGAGUCUUCUCUACCUUCUAAUGCACUGCAAUAGCUGCCUCAGUUAAUACAGCCAUAUGAAUGCAAGUCAUGGGAUAUGAAUGACUAUCAGUGGAUAUCAACAAUAAUGUCAAAUAUGUCUUGAUUAUUUGCUUAUUGUAUUAAAUAAAGUCAUUUUACAUA